CGCAUGAGCUUUCUAAUCGUGGGCGCUGUCAUCGAUAGAUUCAAGAUGGCCAUGGUGCAUUACGGAAAAGAAAAUUCGAAACGUUCAAACAGUAAUUUUUAAUUAUACACAAUAAUAAAUUGAUUACAAGAAAAAUUCGAUUGAACUGUUACUGAUACGUAUAAUAUUAAUUUUUCUCGGUAACGCUGAGAAUACCAAACAAAAAGAAUGAAAAUGGCAUUUUUUGAAGCGAGCUGAUUUCAGGAAGAACCUCCGAUGUCAGCGGGGAGGAUGAUUUUCUUAGUUUUGUGGCGAUUUCGCCAGUGAUCAAGGUGAAUUGACUGGCUUGCAAUUUAAAUGUCAAGUAUGACUCCUCCUUUAAAUCGAAAACGAAGCUCAUCUGUUAGUUUUACAAGAGCUAAGGAUGAUAGCGAAGAUGCUACAGAUGAAAUUCAUAUAUCUUUAGCACCAUAUAUACAAACAUAUUUGGCACACAGUGGACAAGGACUUGGAUGUUGUGGAAUUAGCCUUCCAGUACCAUUUGAACGUGCAGCCCCAAGAUCUUGGUGGAAUCCUAGAUUUGAUUCAGAAAUACUUGAAGAACAAUUUAAAAGGAGUGCCUUUCCACAAAUUAGAUUAAGAUUCCGGUAUGCUCUAACAUAUAUUUUACUGGUUUCUUUGACAUGGCUGGCAUAUUUUGUUGUAAUUGGAGCAGAAUACAAUACUACAACAUGGCCAGCUAUAGCAGCAGUAUUCACUGCUAUUGGAGCAAUGGUAUCAGCAGUCUUGUAUCUAACACAUAGUGAUUAUUAUAAAAGUUAUGUGUUACCAAUUUCAUUAGGAGUUGCAUCCAUGCUUUGCAUCCUGUCUUUACUUUUUCUCACAAUAGUACCACCCUAUAUAGAUGGCUUAACUCUAGUCGGACAUUUUGCACUCUGUUCUGAGAUUUUGUUAUUGAUUUACACUGUCUUGCCAAUGCCACUAUAUGCUUGUGUGGGAAUAUCGAUGGUUUAUUCUUUUCUAUUUGAAUUUUUGACUGCUUACCUAUAUGGUACAAAAAGUGCAAGAGAAGAAUUUUUUAGCAAAUAUAUUUUAUUAAAUACCUCGAUAGAAAAUGAUGCCACUCUGAAAAACUUUAAUAUCAAUCAAUUUUCUAAUGUGAUGCACGGUGACAACGAAUCUACAACUGCAAGUAUGAAAUUAGUAUCGUAUUCACAGGAUUCAAAACUGUUAUCUGCUCUUGGAAUAAAGUCAAAUCAAGAAAAUAUAGUUGGAAGGAUAUCUGGAGUUUUGAAUGAUACCAAUGUUUUCAAGAACUUAAAUUCCACUAUAAUAUCAACGAUAGCUAGUAUUAAUUCCACCAUAAACGCUUCGUCUAAUGAUUUAGUCUCGAAAGGUAUAAACAACGCAACUUCGAUAUUUGAAGAAAGUGUACUAACUCAUAAAAAUGGUGAAAUGUCAAACUAUUUGUUAAGUAGCAACAUAUCUAAUCGAUCAUUUUCGGACGAUUAUUUUUCUACGAGUCUUGGAAUAAGAAUCUUAAUGCAGAUCUGCAUUCAUCUGAUAGGUAUACAUAUUUUAAUAAUGACUUUUGUAAGGAUGCGUGGUACUUUUAUGAAGGUCGGGCAAUCACUGUUGGUCCGGCGUCAGCUCGAAAUGGAGAAACAACUUAAAGAGAAGAUGAUUCACUCGGUAAUGCCGCCUAAAGUCGCAGAUUGGUUAAUGGCAGAAAGUGAACGUGAGAGAGAACGGGAGGAUUCUUUAAAAAAAGGUUCGAUACCGUCCAAUAAUACAGAUAUUCGCUCAUUGUUUCGACCAUUUAAUAUGCAUUCAAUGGAAAAUGUUAGUAUCCUAUUCGCUGAUAUUGUUGGGUUUACGCGAAUGAGUUCCAAUAAGACUGCAGAAGAGUUGGUAGGCAUUUUAAAUGAUCUUUUUGAAAGAUUCGAUGAUUUAUGUGAACAUCAUGGAUGUGAGAAAAUUUCUACAUUGGGAGACUGUUAUUACUGUGUAAGUGGAUGCCCAGAACCAAGGCCUGAUCAUGCAAAAUGUUGCAUUGAAAUGGGAUUAGCCAUGAUAGAAGCUAUAAAACAGUUUGAUAUUGAGAGAAGAGAAGGCGUUAAUAUGAGAGUCGGAGUGCAUACUGGAACUGUACUCUGUGGAAUAGUAGGUACUAAAAGAUUUAAAUUCGAUGUCUGGUCUAAUGAUGUAACUCUAGCAAACAAACUAGAAAGCACGGGAAAACCAGGAAGAGUUCACCUAAGUGAAAAAACAUUAAAUUUCCUCGAUGAUCGAUAUAUUACAGAGGAAGGGGAUUUAAUAAAUGGUAUUAAAACUUAUUUUAUCAAAAGCCGAAAAUCAGAUUUCACCAAUCAGUUCAUAAUGAAUAUUACAUCUCCGAUAAGUAUAUCGCCUUUGAUGCAAUCGCGUCAUCGUCUGGCCUCUUGUAAUAGCCAAUCUAAAUCUAAAUAUCAUUACCUCCAUAUGGUUACUAAUACAAGUAAUUAUAGAAUGAAAGCAAAUUCUUUGCCAAGUAUUCUGGAUUCCGAAAACGGAGAUACUGAUACCGCAGAUGAAAAGGGGAACGCAAAUAAAAGUCCGAUAUCUGUUGCCAGUUAUGGAAAGAAAAAAGCGCGAAACAAGCCGUGGAAAUAUUUACAACGACAACGAACUACCGAGGAAAUGACACCUUUAGAAAUGGAAGAACCCAAAGCAGUUAUUGUCGAUAAAUCAAAAAUUGAAUCUCAAUCAUACGAAGAUCGCAAUGGAUUUAGGCAGAAUACGUCUCAAAAUGAGAUUGAAAUGGAUCCAAAUCCUGUACCUUCUAGUCCUUUAUUGUCUGGUCAAGAGCCACUCAGUCGUGCCUCUUCUAUGUGCAGUAGGAAAGAUUCCGGAAUUAGAAGUAAUAGCAGACGUAGUAGUAUACAGCAGCAGUUAUUUUUGAUGAACGGCAUGGCUCAAGGAGAUUUAUUAGCACACAGAGUGAGUGGCUAUUAUACUUCUAGUUCGACAUUAAACUCUGUUCAUGAGCCGUCGUCUUCAGUACCACCCUAUCCAUUUCCUCCAGCAGUCACGGAUACCUUUGGUGCAUGUUUUCACAAAUUAAGAAAACAAUCUGACCUACAAUUAAUCAGGUGCGUUCAAGAUAAUGUAAGUUCUCAACGAUCAUACUUCGUGAAACCUCCACUUUCGAGUAUGACACUCUUUUUCAAGAACAAAGAAAUGGAAAAGGAGUAUAGAGAAAAUGCUCAUAAGGUUAGCGAAUGUAUCAGUGGAAAUCCACCUACUCUGGCUACCUCGAGAUUCAAUACAUACUUUGAUAUUCUGAUAUCGGCGUUGGUUUAUACUGCCGUUACAGUAUCGCUCUUUUUAAUUUGCGAUCCAACGUUAUAUUAUAUGAUUUUUUUUGUAUCUGCUGCUACCAUUCAAAUUAUAGCGGUAUUGCUUUGUGUUCGUCAACUUUUAUAUCCGGAUGUGGUCCAUGCAACGUUGACGCAACGAAUUUUCAAAUUCUUUUCACAAUGGUACCCGUGGCAUAUAUGCGGUGCAAUUCUUGUCGGCUUACCGAUUACGUCAAUUCUUCUCAAUUAUACGUGCAGUAACUUUCAUAAUUUGAACAAUUUCGAAUAUUAUUAUGGUUACUUAAUCGUUGUUGGUAUAGUUCAUUUUUGUAAUUUCACGCAACUCAAUUGUUGGAUGAAAAAUUUCUUGGUAACAUUCAUGGGUGUAUUGUUUCUUUAUCUUGUAAUGUAUCAUCUAUUAUAUGAUCAAGAAAAUCUCGGUAAUCAAUUAAUUAAUAACUCGCUCAAUUACUCACAAGCCAUGAUAAAUAAACGUGCCAUUGGCUUAAUCAGCAAUCAAUUUAACGAAAUUAUGGCUAAAAAAGGAUUCGAUAAUACUCCUGAUUUGUUGUUAAAUUCCACAACGAACCUCACACUUAUGAGAUUAAAAGAGGCAGAGACCAGAUAUCAUAAAAGAUUAUACAAUUCCGAGAUUUUUUUAGAUCUGAUACUUUUACUUUUGUUAGUUUGGUUUUUAAAUCGUGAAUUUGAAAUUAGUUAUCGGUUAAGCUUUCACGGAAACGCGGUAGCCGCACGAGACAAAAGCCGUGUACAAUCUAUGAAAAAUCAAGCCGAUUGGCUUUUACACAACAUUAUACCAAAAUAUGUUGCUGAUCAAUUAAAAACCACUGCUAAAUAUUCACAAAAUCAUAAAGCUGUAGGAAUUAUUUUUGCAAGCAUAGUGAACUUUAAUGAACUCUAUGAUGAAUCUUAUUUGGGUGGAAAAGAAUAUUUGCGUGUGCUUAACGAACUUAUUGGUGACUUUGACGAGUUGUUAGAAAAGCCAGAAUUCUCGAACGUAGAGAAGAUUAAAACUAUCGGUAGCACAUUUAUGGCAGCAAGCGGUUUAAACCCACAAGUUAGGCAACAAAGUGAACAUGAAUAUAUGCAUCUGUUCCAAUUAAUAGAUUUUGCCAUGGCAAUGCAUAAAGUAAUAAACGAUUUUAAUCGAGAAUUGCUAGGUUUCAAAUUAAUAUUGAGAAUUGGCUUUAAUUAUGGCGAUGUAACUGCUGGAGUGAUCGGGGCAACAAAGUUAUACUAUGAUAUCUGGGGUGACGCUGUAAAUAUAGCAUCUAGAAUGGAUUCGACUGGAGUCGCUGGAAGAAUACAAGUGGCCAAGAACUCUUUAGAUAUACUCUCGGAACGAUACGAGUUCGAACCACGUGGCCAAGUUUAUGUUAAAGGAAAAGAUAAUAUGGACGUGUUUUUAUUAAUAGGGGAAAAAGACGAUAUUAAUACAACGACAAACACUUAACAGUUUUUGAAUCCCUAAUGAUGGGAAGAGUCGAUUGUUUAUAAAUUUAAUUGUUUGCACGUUACACUUAUAUCGAGCAUAUGAUCUUUUCCAGAUCAGGCUUCUAGCGAUAUUUCGAUCUCGUUAAGAAUUGUAUGAAUUUUUACGGUAUAAUGUACCGUCGACGUUACACACGUUAAAAACGUACCUUACUCUUUAAUUGCUCGCUCAUUAAAGAUAUUUAUUCUUAACGAAAUAUUCACUGUAUUUUUUUACAUAAUUUAAGAGCAUCAGAUGCGAGAUCUACCAAAACCUAUCUUUAUAAAAAAAAAGUACAAAAUCAAAUCGUUUUGAAGAAAUGAAAUUUUGUCUUAACAAUUGUUGCGAAAAAUCUAUCGAGACAAAUAUAGUACGCAUCUUCAUUGUUUAUGUGCUGAAUGUACGAACGAACUAUGCGAAUGAGCGGAUGAACGUUAUAUGAAGUGACCGAGCUUGGUCGUUGUCAACAGUUCCUAAUAUAAAAUGUGCGACUUAUUAGGUAACUAUUAGUUAUCAUCGUAAAAAACUUUCUAAUAUUUUCUUUCAUUAAUCCUUCUGAUCCAUAUAAGAUUAUAGAACUUGGUUCCUUUCAUAACGUGAAUAACAGAUCAGAACUAUUUAUAUUUAAACAUAAAAAUAUGUCAAAUCAUUUGCAAAGUAUGAAUAUUAUAUUGAAGUAUCUCGAGAAUCUUAAAACAUUCUUCAAGACUUAUUUCUUCAUUUUAAACAUUAUAACACAGCUUCUAUACUUGUUCUGGCUACAAGCACUCGUUCGGUAUACAUAUAUUGUUUCUCGUUAAUUUUUCGCACGAUAGAUAGUACAUUCAAAAGAAAUCUGUUUUAAGAUUGCUAUGGUUCUCGAAAACUUAUUGUUAGUACUCAAUGAUUCCAUGCAAAGCUUUGUAUUCUAUUUAGUUGAACUUACAGUAGAAAUUAAUUCAGUGGUAUCUCUUGUCGUAACAUUGUUUCAGGAUUUGCUGCAUGGACUACCGCAUUAAUAAUAAAAUCGUACUUUAUAAAUUAUCAUUCCGUCAUUCUUUAAUCUAAUAGUUUACUUUAUUUUCUCUUUCUUUCUUUCCUUUUCAUUUAAAUAUCGAUAAAAAGGUAUAUAAGACGAUAUAAAAAUAGUGAAAUAUUUUCGGCAUUUAACUGCAGUUGUACUUCAGACAAUUUUUAGAAAUUUAAUACAUGAACCCCUUUCAAUGUCUCAUUUUUGUAGGCGCAUACAUACAUAUGUAUAAAAAUUACAAAAUGUGUGUUGGACUCUGGCAUUGUCUUAUUCGUACUUAUGUUGAAACGUGUUAACAGAUCUUGCAAUCUUCACGAAAUUAUAAUUACAGGUGUAAGCAAAUUAAUGGAGUAUUGAUAGGCAAAGUAUAUUAAUUUUAUUGUUAUCUUAAUGUGCGUACUAUCGCGUAUAUUGGAGAAGAAUUGUUAAACUCUAAAGCGAUAAUUAGUUCAACUAGUAAUAAAAUUUGAAAUCGAUUAAAAACUUGUAUUCUAUUUAUAUUAAUCUCAAUAGUAUUUUGUUGGAAAAUAUAAUUCUUUAUGAAUUUUAUUUCAUAACAUAUGUGAUGUUGAUACGAUACGCAAAUUGACCGUAUUUAUAUAUAACAAGAUAUAAUUUAAUAUUAAAUUUUCGUAUUUUAACUGUCAUUCAAAUACAUCGAAUCAGCGGAAAACUCUGGUGUCGUUUAAAAUUUUGUCUAUGCCUAGCAUUAUAAAUCUUUUAAAUAGCAUAGUCUCUAUCGCGAUAGUACUUCAUUUUUUGUUAACAAUCUCCGUGAUGUUACUUCUGAACCCGUGAUAUGAUUGUCACGUAUUAAAUGAUUAUUAGUAUCUAUAAUUUUAUGUAAAAUAUCGUCGUUAUUUUUGACGUGUAAUGGAAAUCAUGUAAAGUACUAAUCCAUUUUUAUGCGAUAGCUACAAUGCUGCAUUAUUCACAAUAAUAAAAUAAAAUUAACUAAAAUAAUUAAAAAGUAACAAAGAAAUCUGGAAAUAUUACAUUCAAUUUACAUAUAAGUAUCUGAAAUGCUGCAUUAUUUUAAAUUUCAAAGGAUAAAUAAAAGUCGCAUUUAAUGACGGUAACAUGACCUGAACAAAAGAUCAUUCUAUUAUUAAAUAUCAAGCUUACUUCAUGCAUGCUUUUGAAAUGUCCAAAUAAAAUUUUUACAACUAAAUCCAUAUGAAACAGCACUUUUAAAAUGUGCUGAGAAACAUACACAUUUUGUUCCUGAUUAAAAACAAUUAUAAUCAAUUCGAAUACAAAUUUUUGUACCAAAUCGUAAAAUUGUUUUAUAUAAAUCAACAACUUUUGUAUUAUACAUUAGCAAAAUAUUGUUUACAAAACUGUAUUACAUUGCGUGAUUGUGGAAAACCAUCCUGUUUUACAUUAUUACAAAAAAUUUGUAAAUCCAAAGAAAUAGUAAUAAAUGCGUAAGACUUAAUAUACAA